GCUUAAGUGGCUUGCGAUGCCGCUAUGCGCAUUGGAGAAGGCGUCCAAGCAGGCGGUACUCCGCAGAGGUGUUCAAUAAGGAGCCUAUAUGCAGGGCGACGAGGAUGCCGUCUUGUGCAAUUCCACCCACGGUUCCAUAUCUGCUCGUCCAGAUCCUGACUCCUGCGUGAGAAGUUCCUUCGUCUUCGGUCGUUCUGCAGCCUUUUCUAUAUGAUCUGCGAUUGAACUUGCUUCUUCAACCCCAGCAGACCUGCGGCCCCGCGAUUCUGUUGCUCGCAAUUAAUCUCUGACACGAACCUAGCAAACUCUACGAGCAGUGGCGUAAUUGAGAAUGGAUGCUCACGAUAAGGAUGAGAAGCCUCGCCUUGAACCCCAGGACGACAGUGUCGAAGUGGGCGAGGUGAUCAACGCCUCUGGACAUAAGCAGGAGCUGAACCGCCAGUUCGGGCUCCUGUCUAUCUGCUCUAUUGGCAUUACGACAGGUAAUGUCUGGGCUGCGCUUGGAGGCUCUAUCGUCAUUGCCCUCUACAAUGGCGGUCCACCAGGUGUCAUCUAUGCCUUCAUCGCUAUAUCAUGCUUCUACUUCAUGAUUGCUGCGUGUAUCGCUGAGAUGGCCUCGGCUAUUCCUUCGUCGGCCGGCGUGUACCACUGGGCAAGUAUCACUGGAGGCAAAACCUAUGGUCGCAUUCUUGGUUACUUUGCUGGAUGGUGGAACUUCUUUGGCUGGCUCUUCGGCACUGCCUCUAUGACCUCGAUCUUGGCGAACCAAGUCAUCAGUAUGUACGGCCUGUUUCACCCGGAUUACGCCUACGAGCGCUGGCACGUCUUCAUCGUGUAUCUUCUGUACACAUGGAUCUCUGCCUUCAUCGUUAUGUACGCCAACCGUGCGUUGCCGACGUUGACCAAUGUCGGCCUCGUCCUGAUCCUCGCCGGCUGCUUCAUCACUAUCAUGGUCUGCGCCAUCAUGCCUUCAAAGACUGGAAAAGGCUAUGCUACUCACUCCUUCGUGUGGAAGGAGUGGCAAAACCAAACUGGUUGGACAAGUGAUGGCUUCGUCUUCUGCGCUGGCAUGCUCAACGGCGCAUAUGCCGUCGGUACACCUGACUGCGUCUCACAUCUUGCAGAAGAAGUCCCCAAGCCGCGCGUCAACAUUCCCAAAGCCAUCCUCGCGCAAUACAUCGUUGGCUUCCUUACCGCCUUCUUCUACGUAAUCACCAUCUUCUACAGUGUCAACGACCUCGACACCCUCUUUUCCAACCCCUGGCCCUUCCCCCUCGCUGAACUCUACCGCCAAUCCACAAACUCCUUCGCCGGCUCCCUCGGCCUCCUCAUCGUCAUCCAUCUGCCCACAUUCUGCACCAACGUCGGCACCUACAUCACCUCCGGCCGCAUGCUCUGGACGCUCGGCCGCGACUCCGCAACACCCUUCAGCGGCUGGCUGGGCAGCGUGCACAGCACCCAGCAAAACCCGUUCAACGCAACCCUCGCCUGCGCGCUGAUGAACUCGGUGCUCGGCGCCAUCUACGUCGGCAACAGCACCGCGUUCGCCGCGUUCGUCGGCUCCUUCAUCGUCAUGAGCUCCUGCUCGUACCUGGCCUUCAUCCUGCCCAAUAUCCUGUCGCGCCGCGCGCACGUCAUCCGCGGCCCGUUCACGAUGCCCGCAUAUGUGUUCUACCCGAUCGCGAGUGUCGCGUGUGCGUACAUGAGCGUGUGGAUCGUCAUCUACUGUUUCCCGUACGCGGUGCCGUUCGAUGCGACGACGAUGAACUACUCGUGUGUAAUUGUGGGCGGCCUGACGAUCUUCCAGGGCGUGUGGUAUGUGAUUAUUCGUAAGAGGGGGUAUCAAGGGCCGAGAGUGAUGGUGGAGGAGGUGGAGAAGCGGUUGGCGGGGGGCGAGACGGUUGUUGCUGGGAACGGAAGCAUUGUCACGGUGGAGGGGAGGGCGUUGAAGGAUGUCCUGUAGCUAGAGAGGAGGUGGAGAGGUGGGGUUGAGUAUGUUGCGUUGAAAAAUAUGGAGAGUGGUGGGUAAGAGAUGUGACCAGACUGAAUACGAAGUAUGUCAAUGGUUUUUUUACAUCCUGCGCAUUGACGCCUUUGAUAUAAACAAGGAUCUCUACAUGAAUGUCCUCGUAAAGUGUCGCAAUGGCUGAUUUGCACUUGUCUUUACUGUGUCUCAUUUUGUGAGCAUAUCUAUUCGGCGAUGCCGCUUAUCAUUGAAAGCAAACAGGGCUCCAAGCGAAGAAGUAUAGGAGUAAUUAAAAGCUUCCUCAUCAUGUUUCAAC